AUGUCGGGCAUAUCCGAGCAUCCCACCACCGGCGUCAACGUGGAUGGGAUUGCGAACAUCAACCCUGCCACAACUUCACAGGCUCUCGUGCUUCGAAACUCGAGGCCGCAGGGGUUGCGGAAGUAUCUAUACUCGUGCCUGGUGGGUUCUGUGGCGAUCUUUACGACGCUGUACCAGACGGGCACAGGGCUGUCCCUGUUCGGCCCCAGAUUCGAUGCCACCGACCACGCCGGAAGGACUAAGCACGUCCUGUCGACAACGCCGCUGGUCGAUGGCCAUAAUGACCUCCCGUACAUCCUCCGGCAGGAGUUGAAGAACAGAAUCUAUGACCCCCGCUUUGACUUUCGAGGACAUCUGUUGAGCCACACCGACCUGAGCAAAAUCCGGACUGGCCAACUCGGCGGGCAAUUCUGGUCGGUGUACAUGGAGUGUGCGGCCGAGGGUGUACCGCAACUUGAAGAGCCCACGUGGGUGGUCCGAGAUACUCUUGAACAGAUCGACGUUAUCAAGCGGCUCAUCGAGCAACAGUCGAAUGAUUUGCAAUUCUGCACUACGCCAACCUGCGUCCGCGAUGCUUUUUCAGCGGGGAAAAUAGCAAGCAUGAUUGGCAUUGAGGGAAGUCACCAAAUUGGCAACUCGAUUGCUACUCUGCGGCAAAUGUUCGAGUUAGGCGCUCGGUACAUGACAAUCACCCACAAUUGCGACACGCCGUUCGCCACCGCUGCCACCACGGUAGCCCAAGGCAACGGCGAUCUCGGCCUGACUCCGCUGGGCCAGAAGCUCAUAGAGGAGAUGAACCGACUAGGCAUGCUCGUCGACUUGUCCCAUGUGUCGCCAGAAACGAUGCGUGACGUGUUGCGCGUGACUCGGGCACCGGUCAUGUUUUCACAUUCGGGAGCUUUCGGCAUGACAAGACACCUGAGGAAUGCCCCUGACGACGUCCUCGUGAGCCUGAAGUCGAACGGCGGUGUCAUUAUGGUUCCUUUCGUGAGCUAUUUCCUCAACAAAGACCACCCCGAGGACGCGAGCAUUCACGACGUUGCAGACCAGAUCCUGUACAUUGCCGGUCUGAUCGGCUGGGACCAUGUUGGCAUUGGUUCGGAUUUCGACGGUACCGUUGAUCUUCCUCGAGGGCUCGAGGAUGCUUCUAAAUAUCCUGAACUGAUACAGCUCCUGAUGAAGCGCGGGGCGACGGACCGCCAGAUCCGCCUUCUCGCGGGCGACAAUAUCCUCAGAGUCUGGUCCCACGUCGAAAAGUACGCGCAAAAGGCACGAUCGAGGAUGCAACAGCUUCCUGUCGAAGACGUAUGGGAAGGACGAAAGUGGUUCCAUGGAAAUGACCAGCAUUUACCCCCGAUGUUCCGCGACAGCAAGAAAGAGCGAAGGGAUAGCUUUUGA